ACACCACAAUUGUGUCUUCAGUUGUCGCUCUUUGCAUCUCUCCACCUCAUCCAUCGUUAGUCGUCGUCGUCGUCGUCACCGUUAGUUAACACCGUUAGACAAUUUCGAAGCAGCUUGGUGUUUGUUUUCACUGUUGGUGAGUGGUACACAUUGAGCUCCAUCGCAUGGACAGACUGUAGAGAAGAAGAAGAAGUAGAAGAAGAGGAAGGGGACGAAGAAGCGCGCACAAUUUCUUAGGAAGCUUGUUGAUUGACCUGUUUGUAUCUGUGUCUGUUUGUGUGAUAUCGUGUUUCACUUCGGUGCUUGCUAGUUAUUGACAAGUUACUGUUGAGUCCAUGAGUUGCGUACCAUUGCGUCGUCAGAUGUCGUUGUUCCCUCUGUCUUGGAGUUGCGCAUCCCGUUUGACUAGUGUUUCCGCAGCUCCGAAUGCGAUUCAAGUGUCUGGAAAAACACCAAAUUAUUCUUUAGCUGCAGAUAUGGGUGGUUCUCUCAGCCGGAAUAGCGAUGCUGUUAGCGGCCACCCUCCAAGUAGUAGCAAAGCACAUGUCCCUGCAGGCAGAGCCGAAGCACCAUGGCUCCUCCAUGGCCGAGGGUACGCCUUUCCACUCUUUCCACUCGCACUGCCCAAGGAAUCUACGUGCGCCCAUUCAACAUAUGCAAAGGAUCCCACCAAUCUGCUGAAAUUUGUGGGCGGAGUCGGAGGGUUGGUAGUUACAGAUUACCAUGAUAGUCCGGUGGGUCCAUACAAGGAGUUGGUAUUCAUACCGGGGUUGUAUCAGUACCACGAUAGCACAGAUGGAAAGGUCAAGAAGGCACAUGGCAUUUCCCGAAUAUGGGUAGACAAUGAGAAAAGUGUCACAGACGGUCGUGCGAAUUGGGGCAUUCCGAAAGAGUACGGGGUGUUCGAAUGGCGAGAACCGUCUCCUUCAGCGCCCGGUCGUGUUACGGUGCGUCGUCCGGGUGAAAAAAAUCGCCGGGGAAGUUUGAUUUUCGAUGUUGUGAUAAACGACAGGUAUUCUCCAGUAUCGCUGCCAGUGCUGACUAAAGUUCCUCUCCUUCCUGUUAAUCUUCUCGAUUUUCUACCCCUGAUUCAACUUCCGCUAGAUGGUGAUAGCAAGAGGGACUUGCCGCAUCUUCUAAAAACCUGUCUCUCUGCGAGUGGGUGGGUGAAGCCUGCGGCCAUGGCAGAGAAACCCAGGGUGGAUUCUUCCCUCCUACCGGCGAUGGGAACUCUCUACGGAUUCUCCAUCACGAGCUUUGAGUUUAACUUUAAAAAGCCUCUCAAGCUCUGAAGAUGGAUAGAUCGAUGAGGCAAAUAUCAGAAGUGAAUAUCCGAAAAAAUUAGGCUUAGAUCAAUGCUGGUUUUAAACCAGCUCAUUCGUGAGGAGAAAACCUCCACUAAUGGAAAUGUACGGUUUGUAAUUAAUCCUGGAAGCUGGCAACGAAGUUUUCCUUGACCCAAAUGGAAAGAACAAAACCACUUCCACGGUAUCAGGCACUCUGUAAUACAUAGUCAUCUCAAUAAUUUCACCAACGCUUCUGUAUAUUCUUCAUGGAAGUGACAGAAAGGUGGUGAUGAUUGUUUGCACCUACAAUUAUUUAUAAACAUGUAAAUACACACAUAAAUAAUGAACAUGACCAUCCAGCUGCACAGCUACUAAAUAUUCCAA